AUGGCAUCUGGCCAAGAGAAGGAUAUGGCAAGGGAGAAAGGGCCCACUGCACCCAAUGAGGUGGUGAACAAUGCUGCUGAGAUUGACCUCAAUCAAGAUGAGGCAAUGGCUGACCUUGAGUUGGAUGAUAUUGAGGACUUGGACCUGGACCUUGGAGAUGAGCACAACCAUGGUGAAGCUGAGAACCAUGGUGAAGCUGAGAACCAUGCCACUCGUGCAUUGGACGAGGUGGCCCGCAGGGCAGUGUAUGGCGCUAAGAAGCAGGCGCAGGGACCAUUUGGGUGGCCGGAGUUCUGCACCGCGCUGAAAGAGGCAUUCAUGGUCAAGAAGUCCGACCUGGAACUGCGCGAAUGCCUUGAGCAUAUCAAGUGUCAUGACCGUUCGGUGCGGGAAUAUGCGGUCGAGUUUGAGGCCGCAGCACGCUCGCUCCAGAAGCCCUUGUCUGAGGAGGAGAUGAUGCACGUCUUCAUGAAAGGCCUCCCUGUCAACCUGCAGGAGGCACACAUGAUCGGCGGCAUGACCAAUUGGACGACUUACAAGGAGAUGAAGGAGCAAGUGAUCAAAACUGACACCAUCAUUCGCACAUACAUCCAUGGUCCUGCAAAGCCAGGCCAGCAGCCCCAUGCUGAAGGCUCUGGUGGUCAGGGGAACCGGCCCCAGAAUGCGAAGGGUGGAAGCGGUUGGAACAAAAGGCCUUUCCAGCAGCGUGAUCACCAGCCUGGUCCACAGGCCAAGAGGCCUAACGGAGGGGGAGGUUAUGGCCCUAACAAGCCGGACUUCUCCGACAAGCAGUGCAGAGGUUGUGGAAGGAUGGGGCACAUCCUAAAGCACUGCCGUGACAAGAACGCUAUCAAGUAUUCUGGGAAGCCUAAGCCAGGCGGAGCUGGACCUUCUGGAAAGAAGGAUUUUCAGAAGCCCAACUAG